AUGGCCGUUACUGUCCGCGAGGCUCUUAAUAAACUUGACGACCGUCGGGUUCGGGCUACGAGGCCUUUGAUUCCUCCUCAGAUCCUUCAGGAGGACCUACCUCUCACACUCACUGCUUGUCAAACGGUACUAGAGGGUCGAAACGCGACCGAGAAUAUAUUACGUUCGAAUGACGAUCGGCUGCUGGUCGUUGUAGGACCAUGCUCUGUCCACAAUGUAGAGUCCGCCCUCGAAUAUGCUCGAAAACUUUGUGCCUACGCUGCACAAGCCAAAGAUGACUUGCAUAUCGUUAUGCGGGUCUACUUUGAAAAGCCUCGUACCACCGUCGGUUGGAAAGGCUUAAUUAACGACCCCGACAUGAACGGCACUUUCCAGAUUAACCGAGGCCUUCGUCUUGCUCGCACGCUACUUCUCGAUAUCGCCAAAAUGGGCCUGCCGGCCGGCUGUGAAUUCUUGGACACGAUCAGCCCCCAAUACACUGCAGAUUUAGUGUCAUGGGGGGCAAUCGGUGCCCGAACUACGGAAUCGCAAGUGCAUCGCGAGCUUACCUCGGCACUUUCGAUGCCCACCGGCUUCAAAAACUCAACGGACGGCAGCGUUGGAAUUGCCAUCGAUGCCUGUCGGGCUGCGAGCAGACCGCACGUAUUCCUCAGUGUUGGAAAAGGUGGCCUUAGCAGCAUCGUAGAGACGGAGGGCAAUCCCGACGUGCAUGUUAUCUUGCGUGGGGGCUCUAGCGGACCCAACUACGCGGCGGAAUUCGUCCGCGACUGCGGUGGGAAACUGGCGAAGGCAGGGUUCCCGCAGAGAAUCAUGAUUGAUUGCAGUCAUGGGAAUAGCUCGAAGCAACACCAGAAACAGAUCGAGGUCGCAGAGGAUAUCGCGAAGCAAUUAGAGUCCGGAGAUACAUCGCACAUGAUUAUGGGUGUCAUGAUUGAGUCCAAUCUCGUGGAAGGUCGACAGGACAUUCCUGUAUCAGGACCUGCAGGUCUACAGUAUGGGCAGUCCGUUACAGAUGCGUGCAUUUCUUGGGAACAGACGGUGCCAGUUCUUGAACGCCUCCGUGAGGGCGUGAGAGGCAGGCGUGCGCUUAUUCACAAGAAAGCCUGGGAUGCCGGAGCCAGCGUCGUCAAGGUUGACGUUAAUAAGGUACAUGGCGUAGGGCCCGUCGCGGCAAAUGGCCACGGAGUUGACGGCGUGCAUGUCUGA